UUACGAAAACCAAAACAGUUGCUCUCAACCUCGCUCAGACGACCCUACUGAAUACUUGGGCGUACGUGUAUUCCAUUAUCCCAUCUUGACCGCCCUAGCUAGAAAUAUCAUGGCCUCACUGCUCACCCGUGGCUGGUUGACGGCUAGCCGUAGCCUAUUCCUACCCUCGAGCCGUUCCCAAAUGCCGUUGUCCACCUCUUCGUUGUGGCUGAAACGCGUGGACACCACCCAAUUGAAAGAGGACAGCCAAAUCCAGUACAUCACCCUCAAGAACGAACGGCAACUCAUGAAGCUUGUCGAGCUCAAAGCCAUGGCCGCCGACGACCAGAAACGUCAAAUGUAUCUGGUCACAGAGAAAGGCAAGGUCAGUCAGGUGCCCACAUUCCGCCUUAUGAACGAUAAUGAGGCCGAGGCCGCGGUGCGGAAAGCGCGGCAUCAUAGGAAUAACUUGCGAUUCGAACCAGUCAAUCUCGAGGCGGAUCCUGAAGUGGAAGCGCCGCAUAUUCGGCUCAAGGAGAAGGUCAUUAAGAUGGGCGAUUCGAUUGCGGAUCACGAUUUUGAGGUCAAAUUGAACAAAAUCCGGGCUUGGUUGGCUAAGCAUUAUUUUGUGGUGGUGCAAAUCUCGGGGAGCAAGGCCAAAAGCCAUGAAUUGGCCAAAAGGAUCCGGGAAGGCUGUCAGGAUGUGAUGGCCGAAUAUCCGGGGGCGGAAAACCGAUUAAUUGUGCAGUGAACCGUCAUAGACUGGAAUCCUGGGACUUUAUCGGGUUUCACUCAUCAAGUGUCAAUACUUACCAAGAGUUUUAGUGAGAUUCUGUUAUGAGAUUCCGGUGUCUUCAAUAUAUUUAAAUAUCUUGCUUCUUA